UGGAGCUUGCCUACUGAACGCUGUGGUAGCAUGGAUAAAGGAUAUCACUUUAUUGUUGCCUUUCUGUUUGCUAUAGUUGCAGUUCAACAAAUUUCUUCAGCUCCCGACAAUGAAGGCACUGAGUUUGUCAUUGCGUACAUGGAAAACAUUGCUGUUGCUUAUGAAAUAGAAUUAUUCAUCACCACUACGAGAACGAGUAUGGUGAAUGUCCAGGUCACGGCACCAAAAUAUUCUUCUUCAAUUAAUGAACAGUUUACAGUUACAGCGGGAACAGUAAAACAGCUAUUCUUUAACCCAGGUCUACGUAUGUCGGGUUCGAGUUCUUCCAGCAAAGGUAUUCUUGUAUCAGCUAGUGAUGAAGUUGUUAUUUACGGUGUAAAUAAAGAGAGAUAUUCGAACGACGCGUUUCUUGGAGUUCCAAUAGAUGUUUUAGGUACAGAGUAUUACGCCGUCACGUGGUACCCAGCAUCUCAACAGUGUGAACUAGCGGUUGCAGGUGUCAUCGAUAACACUGUUGUGUCAUUUACCUUUCCAGCUAGUAUGAGUAGUUCAGUCACGUAUGAUGGAGUGAGCUAUUCAGGAGGAAGCACACUUACCGUAACACUACACCAGUUUGACACAAUUCAACUGAUAAACAGUGAUGCAGAUUUGACAGGCACGUAUAUACACUCCGAUAAAAAGAUAGCAGCUUUUAGUGGAAACAAGAAAACAACAAUAGGAACUGGGACUAGUUCGGACCACCUCGUAGAACAGCUUACACCAGUAGGCACAUGGGGAAAGAAUUUCAUUACUGUCCCAAUACCACUAAGGACAACAGGAGACUAUUUCAAGUACAUUGCUAGUGAGGCGGGAACCACCGUGACUAUUUCUGGUGGAUUUACUGAAACGUUUACGUUAGCUAACGCCGGUGACUUUGAGGAAAGACUUGUUCCGUCCACUGCUUAUUGUUAUGUUUCAGCUGACAAAGCUAUUAAAGUUGUCCAAUUCUGUCUCAGUCAACAAUCGAGUAACGAGUUAUCCGACCCAAUGAUGAUGAUUAUUCCCCCUGUUGAACAGUUUGGUGCCGAUUACACGUUUGCUACGCCGAGGUAUUCACAGGGUUCAUAUGAUAACUACUUUAUGUUUGUCGUCAAAAGAGCAGAAAAAGAUGGAUUGCUUGUAGAUGGAGCAGCAUUUCCCUCAGCCACAGUUUACAAUGAUAUCAAUGUUGGCGGAACAGAUUACGUUGCCGGUUACAUUUCUGUAUCAGAUGGUUCACACACAAUUCGCCACCAAUCUACAAUCUCAAUCUUUGGAGGUUACUUAUAUGGCCAGGCACAAUAUGAAACAUACGGGUUUACAACUGGUAUGAGACUGGCACCAAUAAAUACGGUUUGCGUACCAACAACCAAUGUCAUGGGUGAUGGUUACGACAAUGACUGUGAUGGACUUAUCGAUGAGGAAAUAUGCAAUAACGGAGCAGAUGAUGAUGGCGAUGGUGUUGAUGACGAAGACUGUGCUAAACCAUCACCAAUUGAUGGGAACUGGGCAGCGUGGAGUGCUUAUGACGCAUGCUCAGUUACAUGUAACCCUAUUGGAACAAAUACUAAUGGAUUACAAGCAAGAACAAGGAACUGUUCUGAUCCAGAACCUGAGUGGGGAGGAUUACAGUGUGUGGGUUCUGACACUGAAUCACAGUCGUGCGUUUCUUCUAUAACUUGUCCAAUUGAUGGUAUCUGGUCUGACUGGAGUAUAUGGGGAGCUUGUUCUGUUACCUGCGAAAGUGGUGUUGAAAUGCGUAACAGAACUUGUAAUAAUCCAGCCCCUCAGUAUGGUGGUCAAGACUGUCAAGGUUCAGACUCAGAUUCUCAGACGUGUACACUGUCCAUGUGUCCAAUCGAUGGUAAUUACACUGAUUGGAGUUCAUGGAGCGUUUGUACGGUUUCAUGUGGUGGAGGCACACAAGAUAGAACCAGAAGUUGUACCAACCCGGUUCAACAAUACGGCGGUAACGAUUGUUCUCAGAUUGGCAGUGAUUAUGAACAAGAAGCCUGUAAUACACAAGUUUGUAUAAUUGAUGGAGCCUGGUCACAGUGGGGUAACUUUGGUCAGUGUUCAGUGACUUGUGGAGGUGGACAAUAUACAAGAUCCAGAACUUGUUCUGAUCCUUAUCCACAAAAUGGUGGAUUGUCAUGUUCAGGAGAUUCAAGCGAGUUUACUGAUUGCAAUACACAGGCAUGUCCAACGGCAUCAUCUGGAACAUAUGUACAGUUGUGUCCUUCUGGUUGGUUUACCUGUGCUACUGGUUCCUCUAACUGUAUCGAGGAUGGUUUUAAAUGUGAUUGCAUGGAUGACUGUGGUGACGCAAGUGAUGAAACUGAAAACUACGCUGGGUGUUCUCCUCAGCAACUCGCCGUCUGUACGGCUAAAAGUUCAUCUACACGAAUCAUAGCUUCACUCGUCAGCUUUCUAGUAGCCACGCUCGCAUGUGUUAUGAAAAACUAUCAUUAGUGAUCCACAACUUCACCAGCACACUACAACGAGUGAUCCACAACUUCACCAGAACACUACAACGAGUGAUCCACAACUUCACCAGCACACUACAACGAGUGAUCCACAACUUCACCAGCACACUACAACUAGUGAUCCACAACUUCACCAGCGCACUACAACGAGUGAUCCACAACUUCACCAGCACACUACAACGAGUGAUCCACAACUUCACCAGCACACUACAACGAGUGAUCCACAACUUCACCAGAACACUACAACGAGUGUUCAACAACUUCUCCAGCACACUACAACGAGUGAUCCACAACUUCACCAGCACACUACAACGAGAGAUUCACAACUUCACCAGCACACUUCAACUAGUGAUCCACAACUUCACUCGUCAGCUUUAUAGUGGACACCCUCACAUAUAUGUUAUUUAUGAAAAGACAACAUCGUUAAUCCACAGUUUCACUCGUUAGCUUUCUAGUAGCAAUCAUCAUCAUUCUAGUGUAACAAUUAAAAAUCACCAUUAGUGACCGACAGUUUCACUCAUCGGCUUCCUUGCAGCUACCAUCAUGUGUGUAUGACAAAUUAUAUAUAAACGUAUCAACAAAAUACGUAAAUAUUAUUUUUGAUUUUUUUCUUUCAUUCACUCUUUUAAAUCAUUUCGUUUUGAUAUUAUUUUUUUCUAUACACAAAUAAAUUUUUUAAUGAGAAAUAAAAUGAUGAAAUAGUUUGUGAGUUCUAAAGAUUAAUUGCUUUUCUUUUGCGAUUGUUGCAUAGGAACUUGACUCAACAAAAAAUCCAUUACACAUUACGGUAUUUUAAAGAUUAUUUUUUUUUACAAAUGCCUUUGGAGUCUUGUCUGCCAUUCAAAUGAUUACGGUUCUUUAUGAAGGAACAUUUUAUGUACAGCAAUAAUAUGCAUUUGUUGAUUAUCAAUUGUGUGAAUAUUGGUGUGCAUGAGAUACAUCCAAUGUUCUAGCUGUGU